AUGACUUCUUUCCGACUGCAAGGAUUCCAAUCCCUCCUGCGUGGCAACUCGCGCCUGCUACGCACCCCUCAACGCCGUUGGGCGCAGGUCCACGAUGUGCGCUUCCUAGCUUCCCACCACGACCCCAAGUAUGUCCAGGACAAGUACAGGUCAAAGCUGGAUCAGAAGGCCAAAGAGGAGGGCCACGAGUCAGUCGAGUCCUUGAAGGAAGCCUACACCGACAAGAUCCAAAACCUCCGCCCUUCGCAACUGCAAGCACCCCUCCCCCCCUUUCAAGCCCCCCCCUCCUCCCCGGCUCAAUCGGAAACCGAAAAGGCCGCGCGCAGCGUCUCCGGCAGCAAAACCCCCAUCAAACCUCUCAGCUCAUACCUGGAGCUCGACAAGUUCCGUGACCUGCCACCCAAGGAGAUCGAAGCCCUCUGGCGCCUUCGUCAUGCCAACAGCGCCACAAGUAUCUGCGCCGUCAUCUCUCUCGAAACAUAUCAGCGCAUUGCCGCAGCCGCGCGCCAGAACCCGCAAUUCGUCCUCCCGGUGCCAGUCCAACAAACCGUCGAGAGCGAAGUAGAAGGCCAAACGGAGACUCAGAACGCUGCGGAAAUUCACUUCCUGCAGUGGGGAUUUCACCCCCCGGCUGAUGACUUUGUCGCUCCCGCCGCUGGAACUGCCAAUACACACACCUCUACUGUGAUCUUUACCAACCUCGGUGCUUUCAAGAUGCACGGUACCUAUGCUCAACCCCACACGACUGUCACGCACUACCUGGACUUGGCGGAUGAUAAGGGCUUGGUCCUUAUGCAUGGUCAGGUCAUGCCGGAUAGUGGAGUCUCUAAUGCGGACGCUACCUGGUUGAUUAGCUGUCUCCAGCGCUUCUAUGACUUUGAAGGCCAGGCUAAUGGUCGCAAGGGCGAGUUGGUGAGGAUGUUCACCCAGGGCGAUGUUGAGAACUUCAAGAUUGAGGAACUGCUUGAGGAGAGUGAGAAGAUUCACUAG